AUGCAGGCGGGGGCUGUAGCUGCAGGCGGCGAGAGGGACCUGCUGGCUAGCGCCGCGGCCCAGGGGGACGGGCAGAGGGUGCGGCUGCUGCUGGAAGCCGGAGUGAACCCCAAUACGGUUAAUGCCUUCGGCAGGACCCCGAUUCAGGUCAUGAUGAUGGGAAACACCCAGGUGGCGGAGCUGCUGCUGCAGAGAGGAGCGGAUCCCAACCGGCCGGACCCGCGCACCGGCUCCCUCCCAGUGCACGAUGCGGCGCGAGAAGGUUUCCUGGACACCCUUGUGGCGCUGCACCGAGGCGGGGCUCGCUUGGAUCUGCGGGACACAUGGGGCCGCCUCCCCAUUGACCUAGCUGUCGAGAGCGGGCAUCAGCAAGUGGUCAGCUACCUCCGCGCCCAGCCUGCAAGGGGUGCCGCUCCGCCCCAGGCAUAGGGCACGGGCGUGUGGCCAGCUGUCUGCGGGGCUAACAGCUCAGCCACAGGGGCCUCAUUAAAUGCUUGCCCCGCUGAAGUCAAUGGAAAUUUUCCUGUUAACUUCAGUGGAGCCAGGAUUUCACCCCAGGUUUUUCUACGGCAUCCGGUGACCCAUCCUCCAGGCAGCUGCAGCCUUGUGGUUCUCUCGCUGGGACUGCGCUGCCUGGGAUGGACGGUUCACAGGCUGUGGUAGAAAACAGCCGGUCUCCUUGGUUCCAGUCAAACUGUAAAGCGUGUAGAGAGAGAGAACCCACUUCUGGAGGACCAGCUUGAUACUCAACUUGCAUACAGUCAGAUUCCUUUUAUAGCGAGCAGGCAAACAGAUUAUUCUUCCUGUUACAGUGAAGUUGCUCCAAGAGAAGAUUUCACGGUAAAAGGGUCGGUAAGGUUGCACUGUAUGGAGGAGGCAUCCUGCCUGCCUGCAGCCACCAGCUGGUAGCACUCUUGGGGGCAUGCCUGCUUUUUCCUCCAGUGAGUGUGUUGUCUGGGAUUUAUCCACCUUAUAACCGAACGGAAUGGGGUACCUUUCCAGAAAGCAGGCAGGACCAUGAGCUUGAUCUAAUUCCCUGUUAACAGCAAUGGAAAGAAUCCCAUAGUCGUGUAGGCAGCCUGAUUCCAUUCCCAUUAAACCCUUCACGAAGGCAGCAAUAAUGCUACAUAAUUUCCCAGCACAGCUACUACUUCCAAUUAGAUCGAAGGGAGAUAUAUGCACACGAACAUUAGAGAGGUGUUUGUGUACAGUUAUUUUAAAUAACUGGACUGGGAGGAUUCUGGUGUCUGGUUUUUAGAUUAAAACCCCCAAAUUAUAAAAACCUCACAAUAUGGGGUAAAGGACCUUUAUAUUCCUUAUUAUCCACCAAGAGAGUCUCCCUGGGCAGAUGAAGCAGCGGGAGAGUAUAUUGUAGAUCAUCACAGUGGGGAGAGGAGGGGAAAAUGUUGUAUUCAGCAUAUUAAAUUCUUAGAUAAACUAGUGUGGUUUUUGUGAUUGGUAUUAGACCCCUCUCAUAACAGGAUUCAAAAUAGGCAAGUUGACUUAUUGGUUUCUGUAGUGAUCUAAGUGAUAGAUCAAUGCUAAAUCACAGAGUAAUGCUUUUAUUCAUAACAGUACUAGAACAGACAGAUCUGCAUUCCGAUAUUUUAAUUUAGAUUAUUUUAAAUUAGAUCCCUCACACUAUGAGGAACUUUUCCCGUCUAAUUUUACUUUCGAGGCAUACACCCACAUUAAUUAUCCCAUUCCAAUUCCUACCAGGAGGGAAACUCUGAAAAUACACUCAGAUUCAGAAACCUUUCCAAAUUAUGAAUUUUAUACUAGCAAUGUGAACGUGUAUCUCUAGAAAAUAUUCCUAUUAUGAAAUCAAUAGGCGCUUUGCCAUUAAUUUUAAUGGAACCAGGAUUGGGACCAUUAUUACGGCGUUUUGUUUUUAAAAUCCGCAAAUAAGCAAUGGGUACAAGCAACAGGGACAUCCAAUACAACAGCUGAAGAGCGUGUGAAUGUUCGUUAUUAUUGCUAUCUGCACACCAGCUUUCCCCCCCAAAAGGACAUCAAUGAAAGAACAGUUUAUAAAUAUGUUUGUGUAUCGCUUCUGCUUCCCAUUCAGUACUGCUUAAGCUGAUUAAGUAGCGGUUAUUAUUCACGUGCAAAAUAUUAAAGUGGGUUAAUCAGAGAA